AUGUCCAACAGCAGCUCCAUGGCCCAGUUCCUCCUCCUGGCAUUGGCAGACAGGCAGGAGCUGCAGCUCCUGCACUUCUGGCUCUUCCUGGCCAUCUCCGUGGCUGCCCUCCUGGCCAACGGCCUCAUCCUCAGCGCCGUAGCCUGCGACCACCACCUGCACACCCCCAUGGGCUUCUUCCUGCUCAACCUCUCCCUCACAGACCUGGGCUGCAUCUACACCACUGUCCCCAAAGCCAUGCACAGUUCCCUCUGGCACACCACAACCAUCUCCUACACAGGAUGUGCUGCACAGGCCUUUUUCUUUCUAUUCUUCUUCUCAUCAGAGUUUUCCCUCCUCACCAUCAUGUGCUACGACCGCUACAUUGCCAUCUGCAAACCCCUGCACUAUGGGACCCUCCUGGGCAGCAGAGCUUGUGCCCACAUGGCAGCAGCUGCCUGGGCCACUGGGUUUCUCAAUGCUCUGUUGCACACAGUCAAUACAUUUUCCCUGCCCCUGUGCCAGGGCAAUGCCCUGGGCCAGUUCUUCUGUGAACUCCCACACAUCCUCAAGCUCUCCUGCUCACACUCAGGCUACCUCAGGGAAAUUUGGCUUCUUAUAAUAAAUUGUUUGAUCGGUUUUGUUUGUUUUGUUUUCAUUGUUUUCUCCUAUGUGCAGAUCUUCAGGGCUGUGCUCAAGAUUCCCUCUCAGCAGGGACGGCACAAAGCCUUUUCCACCUGCCUCCCUUACCUGGCCGUGGUCUCCCUGUACCUCAGUACUGUCGUGUUUUCCCACUUGAAGCCCCCCUCCAUCUCCUCCCCAUCCCUGGAUCUGAUUGUGUCAGUUUUGUACUCACUUGUGCCUCCAGCACUGAACCCCCUCAUCUACAGCCUGAGGAACCAGGAUCUCAGGGACACUCUGAGGAGAAUGAUGACUCCUGCUUUUCAGGAGCAACAACCUGCCUCUCUUCUUCUGCACAACACUCAUUGUGUAACACUUUACUGGCCCAGCCUGCCUUCUAAAGGUUUUGAGAAUGGCAAUAGGGGGGUUUCCUACACGUGUUCCCCUUUUCAUGUUGUUAACACAGAAAUUUAUUCUGCAUGUCAUACCUGA